AUGGACACACAACAGUGGACACGCAUUUUCCAGAAUCAUAUAGAGACGCUCAACAAACAAGACAUCUGGCAGUUGGAGUUUGAUGAAAAUAUUGAUGCUUCUCGUGAGAACUUCGGCUGGGAAAAUUACAUCAGGAGAACAAUUGCAAGGUUCAGAUGCACCACAUGUGGGAGAAGCUGGCCUUCCAACCAGGUCAUGGUGAUCUUCCUUAUGCAGCUGAUGAAUGGGAAGGGCACUGUAAAGGUCAGACCCUUACGUCAGAACUGCAAGAGAUGCCUCCAUGCUCCCAUGGUGAAACCACUCGUUGAAUCAGAUGACAUCGAUACCCUCAUGGAGAACCUGAUGGAAAAAAUCAGAAUAAAGUGCUACAAGGAAGAACUUGGUCGAAAAUCGAGGCGUCCUAGACAUCUCGAUGUGAAGAGUCCUCAUGAGCCCAAACACUGUGAGGGCUGCAAGAUGGGAAUCUGUAUGAAGACUGAGCUAAUUUAA